AUGAGUACGAGCGGGAAUUCCAACAAGAGAACUUUAUCGUUUUCGUCGUUUGGAAGUCAGAACUCCUGCGAUAAAGGCAGAGGAGUAAACAGCAUGGAUAUUUGUCGAGAUAAGCAGUUGACUGAUAUUGGCAAUCGCCUACAGCUUGUAAAGAUGCUGUGUCUGACGGUGUUGCCCAUCCUAGGACUAUGGGCAUUCAGUGUGUACACGCUCACGGACAUCGUCAAGAGGAAGACGGAGAAUGAAAAGACAAAAUUCCAGUUACAACUUAGCGUGGAACUAGGCAAGCUUAUCCAUCAUUUGCAGCAAGAGCGAGAUAUGAGCGUAUUGUAUCUGAGUGACCUCGGGCCGGAGACGAAAACCUUUCUCUUGACGGAGUACAUGUUCACCGAUAAAGCCAUAGACGCCCUCUCCGAAUGGCCAGCUGAUUUGGACAACGAGAAGAGGACAGAGUUCGAGUCCAAGGGAAAACUACAGGAAUAUCUUAAAUUCCACCGUCAGCUGCUGUCUAAAGACACGUUUAAUCUCCAUGUUGAGAUGGAGUUCUAUACUCAGGUUAUAGACGUAGUGAUUGUGUGGCUCUACAAGUCUAUAACUAGAGGUCAGUUCGCUGUGGUGUGGAAGACUCUAGUCGCCUAUCUCAAGCUGACCAGUGGUAAACAGGACGUUGGAAUUGAACGUGCCCUCGGUACUCUCUUCUUUGUGCAAGGAGGUUUCAAGACUCGGGAAUAUUUUGAGAUGUAUAACAACCGCAUUAGCAGAUUUAAAGCAUUAUAUACUACUGCAGAGCUUUAUUCCGCAAGGGUCGAUCGCCUCUAUACUUCCGGUGUCAAAAUGGUUGAGACCAAUAUCACUGGCAUUAUCAACAAUUUCCGGAAAGAGAUACAACAUCACACCGUUGAAGCAACAUACCCUGAUAUGGAAAAGGCGCGAUAUUGGUUCGACAAUAUGACUAUUUAUUUGGAUACUUUGCUUGAGAUUCAGCGAGACCUUGGAUACGAAAUUAUCGAUAUCCUUGACAUCGUUAUUGACCAGACGACAAACAAUCUAGCAGUCAGUGCAGCUUUCCUCUUCGUUGUACUCGUCAUGUGUCCUCUUGUCAUCUACAUUACGCAGAACCUGACGAAUAGCUUUCAGAGGUAUGGACUGACACUGGUGGAUCGUACUAAUGAUCUGAGAAUAGAAAAGAAACGGGCGGACGGACUUCUAUACCAGAUGGUACCAGCUCUUGUAGCAGAAAAAUUGAAGAAAAACGUUGAAAUAGCCCCAGAGUACUUCAAUGCAGUGACCAUCCUCUUCCUCGAUAUCUUCGGAUUUAACAGAAUAUCAAGUAAGUGUUCGCCCGAUGAAAUAGUGGUGCUGAUGAAUUCUGUGUAUGGAACGAUGGACGAUCUUAUAGAGAACUACAAUGCAUACAAGGUGGAGACGAUCAAAGACUGCUAUAUGGUCGCUUCAGGAUUGCCGACCCGGAACGAAGACAGGCAUUCAUCUGAGGUAGCAGAUCUUGCACUGGAAAUGCUACAGCUUAUCCAGACUAAACGUUUCGCUGUAUCCGGUAACAGAUACGUACAGCUUCUCAUCGGAAUCAAUACAGGUCCGUGCAUUACCGGAAUCAUUGGCGCUAUCAUGCCAAGAUAUUGUGUUCUGGGUGAGACUGUCAACCUUGCCGCAAAGAUGAAAAUGGAAAGUAGUCCUAAUAAAAUACAUAUCACCCAAAUGACCAAUAACGCGUUGAAGAAGGCGGGGAACUAUAUCACGAAGGAGAGAGGUCUCAUAAAUAUCAAGGGUAAAGGAGAGAUGCUGACGUUCUGGCUACGUGGAAAGCAAUGCGACAUCAAAACAGAAGAAGCUGCUGAAAACACAUCCGAAGUCGAAGUCAAAAGUCCCAAUGGAUCAAUUGAGUAUCAAGAAGAACACCCAGUACGACCAAUACCUCCUUUGUUUGGUCGAAAAGCAGCAGAGGAAAAAGUUACAGCACGAAUUUAUCCAAAUGCCUGGUUUGCUAGUACAUGUGAAGGACAUAUUUCUAAGAAUGAUGUUUCAUCGGAAUAA